AACUCUCUUGCGUUGUAUUUCUUCCCUCUUUUUUCCUUCUCCGCGGGUGAAUCGUGUUCGUCUCCGCGAGAUCUCUUCAAAACCCUAACCCUAGAACUCGCCCUGAGCUCCAAUUCCAGAACGAGCUUGUUGGAUCUUGGAGGGUUUCUGGAUUAGGUUUAGUGAUGAAUUCGAGAAGGGACUACCGUAAUGGCAGAGCUGCUUUAUUCGAUGGCAUUGAAGAAGGUGGGGUCAGAGCCUCAUCCUAUUCUUCUCAUGAAAUAGAUGAGCAUGAAAAUGAGAGAGCUAUUGAUGGGCUCCAAGAUCGAGUCAAUGUUCUUAAGAGAUUGACAGGUGAUAUACAUGAGGAGGUGGAUAGUCACAACCGUAUGCUGGACAGAAUGGGCAAUGAUAUGGAUUCAUCAAGGGGAAUCCUUUCUGGAACAAUGGAUCGAUUCAAAAUGGUGUUUGAGACCAAAUCGAGCCGCAGGAUGGCAACUCUAGUGGCAUCUUUCGUGGCUGUCUUCUUGCUUGUCUACUACCUGACCAAGUAGGAUCUCCGUUCACUGUGAAUCCAUAGUAUCUAGCCCUUUAAGAUCUCAAAAACAAACUCUCAACUAUGCUUGUCAUGGAAUUUUUACAGCAUCUAAAUUGCCCUAUAUAGUGCUUGCUAUGUCAUCAUAUUUGUGCUUCCCUUCUUGUGGAUUCAUAUAAAUUUCUGCAUGGCUGUGUAACAACAGUGUUAUUGUACCUAUCUUGCCUUGAAAACAAAGACAUCAUGCUGAAUUUCUGAAUGGCUUUCAUGCAUGUUGCAUCAAAUUUACCUCUCCAAUGAAUGAUAGUUUUUAUUA